UGUCAGUGUCUUGUCAAAAUUUGUUAUCAUUUAUCAAAUUAUCACAGGUUAGAUGUAUACUGAACUUUAUAUGUUAUAUCCUACAUUACAAAAUUUAACUAACUUAGUAUUCUGUUAUGUGUUUUAAGUACAGUUAUUACUGUUACAGGAUUUAACUUAAGUUUGAUAGUAAUACUACCAUUACAGUAAACUGUUUUUAGGUUAGCUUUAAAGACAGAAUUUAAUCGCCGAAGGUAAUGUCGAAAAUUUGUAAUAUUUGUCUUGUGCCCAUUAAUUUAUUACAGUGCAGCAGAUCUUUUAUGCUAUCGAAGAAUGCUUCAAGAGUGGUUAUUUCUUCGAGAAGAUCAGAAAACGGGGCAAUACAAUUCACUAAGGUUGACAAGUGUCAUAUACAAUCAUUUUCUAGUCAUAACAUUGCAUUGAAUCAUAGUAGUAACUUUUUAAAACAGAAAAUUGAUGAAUUGGUUGGAAAGUAUGAAGAAAUUACUGGUAUGGAUGAGGUUAGAAUAGCCCAAAAUAGAGUUAUCGAAGCACAGGACAAGUUUGUACUGGCUCAAGAAAAGAGGAGAGAAUUGGUAAAGCAGCUGACCGAUAUUCAGAAUAAACUCAAAGAGGUGCAUGCAGAGUUGGAUGCUUCAACACGAGGAGAAGAGAGGUACUUGAACCUCAUAACAAAAGAACACCAUUUACUAAAAGAAGAGAGGAGAUUAAAUACAGAGUUUAAUUUAAGUGAGAGAGAAGAGAGAGAAUGUUUUACGUUUUUAUCAUCUGCUGUCAAAGAAAGCCACGAGAAGGAGCGAGCCCAAGCAGAGAGAACCAAGUAUUGGUCUGUGAUUGGCUCCAUUGUGGGCACAGUCAUUGGGGUUGUCGGAUCCUCAAUAAAUAACGAGUUCAAGAUGAGGGAACUACGUAAGCUGGUUGUCCAGACAGUAUCACACACCCAAAGAUCAUCGGAAGUUGAUGAAAUGGCUGCAAAUAUUUUAACGAGGCAUGAAGAACAGCUGUCCCAAAUUGUAAUGGAAAUAAAAAAUAUAAGCAAAGAGAGAGGAAAUUCAUUUUCAAGACUUCUUCACCAUGUCGACCAUUCAAGUGGUGACGAUACACUGGCCCAUGUGCAGGUACUUUUAGAGCAACAGCGACAAGAGACGAGGAUUGCGAUGACUAUUGCCGUAGUUGUUAUACCAAUUGUUGUGUUUUUUGUCAAUAAGAUAUUAUGAGUUUA